UCCAGAGGGUGGGCUGCAGCUUGAGAGGUGGUGCUCGAUACGUUUGGUCUGCAAGGACCAUUUCCCACUUCUGAUAGUUGUUUUUAUAAAAAGCUGCUAAUGAAAGGGCAGCUUGAGUUUCCUCAUUGCUAAAUGAGAACUUCACAGGUGCUUCGACCUAACCCUGCAGUCACCUGAAGCACCCCCCCAUUCCCAUCACCAAGCUGCUGUGUCACUGUGGCCCAACAGAAACGAGACACCCCUACUGGAAUCUCUGACAUCAUAGCUUUUCCGUCGGCGCUGGUUGAUGAAUCUUUCAUGAGAAGCAGGCGGAGGCUCGGUGCUCCACUGAACACGUGGCCCACUCUGUGAGGCUAUGAGGGAUUCUAACCCCACGUCUGCAGGAGAGUAGACGGCCCGCUUUCCAUUUCCUUCUUUAAUGCUGCCUUAAAUAAAAAGGAUUGACGUUUUGCUUCCCAAGUGCCUUUUUCCUAAUUACCUCUUCAGUAGUAGCCUAAUUGACGGAGCCAGGCAGCAGCCAAGCCGGUAGCUCUAAAACAAACAAAACUAAUUAAAGCACAGAUUAAGCCUUUUAUGCAUAAUUAUCUAACUAAAGCUAUCUUGUGUUGAGAGCUGAUAAAAUAGUUGCUGGUUGGGUCAAAUUUUGACAUUUGCGUUGUGUUGAUUUUCAAUAAUAACACAAUCUUGACCCACUGACAGAACAGAACUUGAAUCUUGUUAAGUUAUGUGAGCGUGACUAUGUGCGCAGAUUCUUCGGCUUGAGUGUUGCUGCAGGACUGAUGCUCACAUUGUUGCAUCGGGGGGAAAAAUUGCCAGUCAUGAAUAAUGAAACUAUACACACCUCUGUGGACCCAGAACUAAUUAAGGAUUCAUAAAAAUCGUAUAAGGUAUUGACACGUUUUUGUGUUUUGUCCCGAGUUCCUCCAACGUAUGGAUGAAGUUGCAUGAAAUUAUUGUAAAAAUAAUCACUUUUAGUCUAAACAAGUAAAAGUUUUCCAGCCUGGAAAUGUGUCAUCGUUAACCCUAUGCAUGCAUGUAGCUAUACGUUACGUGUUAUCUGCAGACAACUGACUUUUGCAAAAACAAAGAGUGCUGUAUUCUGUUUUUGUCAUGCCAUAACGGGAUCCUACCCCUGUUUUUAAACCAACGCAUGCCACUUUUCCCUCUGCUGAAGAUCCUGUUCAUUCUCAACACCACUGCAGGAACAAAGUCACCACCUGCAGUAACUCACACUGCUUGUGGGUUUAAAAAUAAAUAAAUAAAUAAUAAAUAAAUAAUAAUGCUGCAGCUGUCAGAUAUAAAUCAAGUGUAUUUACACAGCUCACACAGGUCCGUCCAUCUCUCAGGCUGUUAGCGGUCUAUCCAUGUAAGUACCACCCUCCAUGCUUUCCAGCCUAGCCAUCCUCAAGACAACAGGUCUGUGGUUUGGAGCAGCUGAGAUAUCAUCUUACAGCGAUGACUGUGGUGGAUGAGGUGAAAAUCGGGCUGAGCUUCUCUGUAAGGCUACAGCUUCUUUUGGUGAUCUGCUUCUUAAUUAAUCCAUCAAUCUCUGGAGAAUAGAACCACCUAAUCCUAAUUUGUUGCCAACUUUUUCCUCCGUUAACAAUAACUGAUUAUCAGAACAGUGAGUGAUUUUUCAGAAAUCAUAUAUUUUACAAUAUUUUGGAUGCAUCAACCCAGUAUAUUGACUAAGGAAUAUUUAUUUAUCUUAUUGGUCUAUUGAGAAAACAGCUUUUUCCCAACAUUACAAGCUUAUGAGCUGGUUAUUCUAAUAGAAACUGUUAUGUUUCAAAUAUAAAACAAUAAAUAGAUUUAAGCUUCUUUCCGGAGUAUUUGUCUUAUCCGAUGGCACCAUCUAGUGGCUGACAAGCAUUACACACAAAAAUUUUGUUGCUCUGUUUGUCUAAGAUGGCAACUUCACGUUUCUGUUUAUAAAUGUGCUUCUGUAGCCGACAAACAGAGCUAAAACACGUUGUUUUACGAGUAUUAUUCUCAUGUCAUGCUGUGUUCUCAUAUAUUUAUAUUUUAGAGACGUGCUUGUCCGUGAACAGUUCAUCAACUCUGCAUCAGCCGAGGUACUCCUUAAAUUUGAAGCAUGUAAGCGGUAGUCUAACACUAUUUGCUAGUUCUGGUCGGCGCUCAGUUUCCUAUUGCACAGAGCUCGGCGGGGCAGGGGGCGUGCUUAGCAAAAAAAAAAAAAAGACGUAUCGCUUACAUUUUAUCACAGUACAUGAUGAGAUAUGAAAUCAUGCAUCUUUUCUGAAAGGGGAAAACUCCGGAAAGCAGCUUUAAGUUCAAAUGUUUUAAGGACAAAAUGAAGUUCUCGCUGCUGCUCCGGCUAUCAUUGCCUUUUUAAAUCAGGUGUUAAAGGGCCUGUAUCACACUAUUUUACACCCUCCACACACAACCACUCGAAUGAAAAAAUGCAGCUGAGAUGGUAGCAGAUUGCCAGCCUGAAUUAUUAUCUAGGUCCAACCCUGAUGCUCACCCACUAAACCUUAUAAGCAUUAAGCUAGCGGUUAGCAUUUUGGUUGCACUCGCCUGGCCUGGCCAAUCCAUUUGGUGGUUUUAACGUGUGAACAUCUGAAACCCCACUCUGGUGGUUUUACCAGCAGUCUGGUUCGGUUUACAACAGCUCCUGAGGAUGAAAUCUUAACUAUUUCUGCUGAUUCUUCGGGAAGACUGCACAGGAACCUCUGCAGACCAAAUCCAUAUUUGGGUUCUAGGCAUUAUUUAAAGUGCAGACUAGAUAAGAAGGGAAUCCCCUCUUCACUACUGUGGAGAUUAAACUCCCUUCUAGCUACACGGAGAGACUGGGUUUUAGUAAUUACAGUCCAGGGGAAGAGGAUUUGCAGCUGACAGGAAAAUGCCUGCAUGAAGCCAAGAACUGCUUUGGGUGUUUUUCAUUAGGAAAUAACAAUAUAGCAUGAUCAAAAACUACCCAAAAAGUGGAUUUUGCAUGAUGUAGGACUUUUAAAGGUGAUUGUUGUGAUUUUUGGGACAUCUUUGAUAGUCUUUAAAGUGUUCCCCUCUUGCUCAGCUAUUCUUCAUGUGCAGUUUCCCCCACCAGGCCACAGCCAUUUUGUUUUUUCCCAAAAUGUCAAUUUUAGAGAGAAGUUCUGAAGGCACACCUCCUUUUGCAGUGAGGAGUAUUGGCAAGGGGGUUGCUAUUUGACUGCAUAUAAAAGAAAAUGCAUGCACCACGUGAUAGGGUGAUAGACUCUUCUGCAUCAGAAGAAAGCUGUAGAAGUUAUUUAUAGUGGUGAGUUAUACCAAGGUGUCCCUGAAGAGCGUUUGUCCUUUCAGGGAGACUUUAACUGUAAUAUGUUCAUCACAUCAAAGGUCUGCCGUCCCAACUGGAGCGGUUGUUGCUGCAGAAAGGUGAAUCCCUGAAGAUCUGGCCCAUCAAAACAGGCCCAACUCACAUCUAGAUCACAGGUCGUGUUUUUUCGUCUAGGCGUGUUUUACUCAUUUGAAUGGCUGAUUGGAUCAGAACUAUUUGAAUUUUUGACGUUAAAAGCCGGCUCAUGUGCCACAUGGCACUUCAUUAAAAGAAAAGGGUAAACUUGCCAAGAGCGACCAGCUCAUUCAGCUGUAAAUUAUUCUGCAGUGAGAUCAAUGAAUGUAAGCAGAGUGCAGGAAACCACUUUGACUUCAUUCAGUUCAGUUCUCUGGCUGGACUAAAAGACAGAUUUCCUUGUUGUAAGCCAGUAGAGUUGGUGGCUCUCUUCAAUUCUUUUUAAAGAUUUAAAGAAAAGGAAGGCAGCCAUUUCUCCUCAGCGUUCAAUUGAUUUAUCAGUUUGGCCUCUGUCAGUGCGCCCCAGGGCAGCUGUGGCUACAUCGUAGCUCAUCACCAUCAGUGUGUGAAUGAGUGUGUGAAUGGAUGAAUGAUACACUGUAGUGUAAAGCGCUUUGGAGUCCUUGCUCUGAGAGGCGCUAUACAAGUGCGGGUCAUUUAUCAUUUAUCAUUUGGACUUGGUUAAAGUCAAUAAUCCUGCAGAUAGCAGACAGGAAGUCUGUCUGAAGCGUCUGGAUGCUGUUUGUUAUUGUCUGCCAGGGAUGGUGUUCUUACAGCAUAAGGCAGCUGUUGUUUACUAAAUGCAGAAGCACUGAUGCAUUUAUUAUUUUUGCCGGUAACAGCUGAGUGGUAUCAGUGUUAUGUCUGGCUAAUGAAGCCGAGCUGCUCUCACCGUCCUGUUUCGGAGGGGCCGCCCUCGGUGGAGACACGUGGCCUCAUUACCCCUCCGAUCUGUUGGGCUGCGUGUUAGAUUAAACAAGCUGUCGUCUUCUGUUUGUUAAGCGUCCUGCAAACUGAGGGUUGGUGUCAUAACGCACGCCCAGAGAGACCUCCUCAAGAUUUCUGCCAUCAAGCCCGUGACCUUGGGACGACAGUGGGAUGCCUCACCUGUCCCUGCACGACUCCGCUGGUCCCCCUCUCCAGAAGCAUCGCUUUGAUUUACAAACCCACAAGGAGCUGGAAAAGCCUAGUCAGGAGAAAGCUAAUGAAGUGGAAAUGCUGAGGGAGCAGGAAAUUGAAAGGAGCCGUGGUUUUUUUUAAAAAUGUGUAGUAGCAAGGGUCAGAAGACGUGCUACACGUGUUCCUGUUGCUUUUACUAUGACGAUUAUCUGUUUUCUCUUUCCCCUCUAGGAGGCGGACAGCUGGGAAAUAAUUGAAGGAUUGAAAAUCGGACAAAGCAACGUCCAGAGGCCUGACAAACACGAGGGCUUUAUGUUGAAGAAGAGGAAAUGGCCUCUGAAAGGCUGGCACAAGCGUUUCUUCAUUCUGGACAACGGUAUCCUGAAGUACUCCAAGUCCCCGAUUGAUAUUCAAAAGGGGAAACUUCACGGCAGCAUCGACGUCGGCCUCUCGGUCAUGUCUAUCAAAAAGAGGGCGCGCCGCAUCGACCUGGACACGGAGGAGCACAUCUAUCACCUGAAGAUCAAGUCUCCAGACAUCUUUGAUGCUUGGGUGUCGAAGCUGCGUCACCACCGGCUGUAUCGGCAGAACGAGAUUGUACGAUCCCCGCGAGACGCCACCAUGCGAGCAUUUCCUCCCUCGGCUGCCAUGGAGUCACCUCAGCCUGCUCCGACGGUGGUGAAUGAGGCAAAGGUCAAAACGGGCGGCUUGUCGUGGCAGCCGGCGGCCCCCAGCAGCAGCAGCAGCAGCAGCCUUCCUGCCUCCUACAGUAAUGGACAGAGCAAGGUGGUGGCCUGGCUGCAGGAAUCGGAGGAGAUGGACAAGUGUGCAGAGGAGCUUGCACGCUGUCAAUCCAGCCUCACGGAGCUAAGCCGGUUAUUGCAAAGUCUAGAGAUUCUUCAGAGGACACAGUCAGCACCUAACUUCAUAGAUAUGCAGGCCAAUUGUGUAGAAUUAUCAAAGAAAGAAAAGCGCUUGAACAGAAGAUGGAGAACAAAGAGCGUCGGUAAAGAUGCAAAAUUCCAGCUUCAGGUUCCUCUGUCUGCCAGCAUGUCCCCGGUCCGCCUCCACUCAUCCAACCCCAACCUAUGUGCCGAGCUGGCCGACUUUCAGCCCCCAGUCUCCUCCCGUCUGACUGACAGCGUGGAGUACGCCAGCGACUACAUUAAACUUCAGGAGGAGUUCUGCACCAUCGCCCAGAAAGCCCACUCGCUGCUGAAGUCCGCCUUCAACACAGUGGCCAUAGAAAAAGAAAAGAUCAAACAGAUUCUGUCUGAGCAGGACCAGUCGGACCAGUCGGUGCAGAUCAACUCGCUCAGGAAGUCGCUGUCACUGGCUUUGUCCCAGAAUGCAGAGCUGCGAAGCCGGCUCAACCGGAUUCACUCUGAAUCAAUCUUGACUGAACAAGUGGUCAGUGUGAACAUCAUCGCCACGCCUGAUGAGGCCGCGGAGCAGAUGGGGAUCCCUCUGACUCAGCAGGCCUCUAAUGAAAGCCGACUCUCCAUGUCAGAGUCUGUCUCUGAGUUCUUUGAUGCGCAGGAAGUGCUUCUGUCAGCCAGCUCGUCCGAGAAUGAGGGCUCAGACGAUGAGUCAUACGUCAGCGAUGUGAGCGAUAACAUUUCCGAGGACAACGCAAGCGUGACCGAUAACGUCUCCAGACAAAUGGCCAAUGGAGAUUUUGCCGGCAGCUCCUUCCGUAACGGGCGGCGCAUCUGCCUGCCGGCGCCCUGUCCCGACACCAGCAACAUCAACCUGUGGAACAUCCUGAGGAACAACAUCGGCAAAGAUUUGUCCAAAGUGUCCAUGCCCGUGGAGCUCAACGAGCCUCUCAACACGCUGCAGCGCAUGUGUGAAGAGCUGGAGUACAGCGAGCUGCUGGACAAGGCUGCUGAGACCGAGGAUCCCUUCGAGCGCAUGGUCCUCGUAGCUGCGUUUGCUGUCUCCGGCUACUCGUCCACAUAUUACAGAGCAGGAAGUAAGCCAUUCAACCCGCUGCUGGGGGAAUCGUACGAAUGUAUUCGAGAAGACAAGGGCUUCUGUUUUUUCUCUGAGCAGGUGAGCCACCACCCUCCCAUCUCUGCCUGCCACUGCGAAUCAAAGAACUUCACCUUCUGGCAAGAUGUGAGAUGGAAAAACAAAUUCUGGGGGAAAUCGAUGGAAAUUUUACCAAUCGGAUCUGUGAAUCUCACGAUUCCCAGGUUUGGAGAUCACUACGAGUGGAACAAAGUCACCACCUGCGUCCACAACAUCCUCAGUGGACGACGAUGGAUCGAGCACUAUGGGGAGAUCACCAUCAGGAACAUGAAGAGCAGCGCUUGCCUCUGUAAACUCACCUUUGUUAAGGGGAACUACUGGAGCUCAAAUGUAAAUGAGGUUCAAGGAUUUGUGAUGGACCAAGAGGGGAAAGUGGUCCACAGGCUCUUUGGGAAAUGGCACGAGGGUCUUUACUGUGGCGUGCCACCAUCAGCCAAAUGUGUCUGGAGGCCAGGUUCCAUGCCCACGGACUAUGAAUUGUACUACGGUUUCACCAGAUUCGCCAUAGAGUUGAAUGAGCUCUGUCCAGAGCUGAAGGACGUCCUGCCGCGCACAGAUGCCCGAUUCAGGCCCGAUCAAAGACAUUUGGAAGAGGGAAACUUGGAGAUGGCAACCUCAGAGAAGCAGCGCAUUGAGGACGUGCAGAGGACCAGGAGGAAGUGGAACGAGGAGAACAACGUCAAACACGAGCCACGCUUCUUUAAGAAAGUGAUGGAUGGCAAUCACAGGGAGAGGUGGGUCUCCAACAACACCUACUGGGACCUCCGAAAGAACCCCGGCUUUAUCAACAUGGAAGAAACCGUGAGCCUGUGGUAGCACACAGAUGAGAAGGCUGCUACCUAUGCACACACACACACACACCCUCACACACACACACACACACACACACACACACAUGAACAUCUGUGUGCAUGGGGGAAAUCAAAAGACUGCAGAGCUGAGGGAUGACCUGAGCCUGUCUGGGGUUUUAUGGACAUCUCGUAGGAUCUCCUUCAUCGAGCUUUUUGAAGCUGGGUUGUCAAGGCAACCACCCCACCCCUCCCUCUGUAGAUCUUUCCUCAGCUCUUUUAACUUUCCAGUUUGUCCUUGCCUUAAAAAAGACCCCCAUACAAGUCGGAGGAGACUUUCAGUUGAAGCCAUUUCAUUCCUGACAGCAGUUUGUUUUAGACUAAUCUACAAAGUAGACCUUCAACAAUACCGUGCAUGUUUAGAGAGCAGCUUUCAAUGGCAUAAUGCCGUAUUUACUAUAUAUAUAUAUCAUGAAGUAGAGAAAAAAGGGUAUUUUUAUAAAAUAUCUUGUGUGAAAGAGGAUUAUUAGAAUUGGCAGAUUUUAUUUAUUUUUGCUUUUUAAUAUCAUUACAGUCUGUGAGGUAGCAGUGCUUUCUCCUGGGACACGACUCAUUCUACGUUUGCUUUUUCUCUUUGAAAUGAGCCUUUUUCAACCAACAGGAACAAUGUGUUGUAUAAUUUAUGCAGGAACGUCAAUCCCCCCCCCCCCCCCCCCUACACACGUAUUAUAUGAUACGAAAACAUUAAGCAUGUGCUCCUUACUGAAAGUGGUGCAGAUAGAUGUGUUUUGGUGGAAUGAUAGGUUGUCAGAAUAGACAGAGAAGUGGAUAAAGAUUGUAAAGCUUAGUGAUUUUGGCCUUUAAACCUUUACAAGUGGAUUUAUUUUUAAAAAUGAAUGAAAGAUUUUAUUUCAGGGUGAAAAUACUUCAUUUAAAACAUGUUAAAAACCCACUUCCUACAUCUUAUUAACCAAAAAAAAUCAUUUACAGGAUAUUAAUUUGUUUUAAAAGCGCAUUUGGUGCCAGAAAAUGCUUGAUAUUUUGAUAAAUACCCUAAAUUAUUUAUUAGUCUGAUGCAUUAUUGAAGGAAUUAUUUCAGCUCUUCAUGUUUGAAGAUGAACAAUUGAAACACUGGUGACACCUACAGGUCGCCAAGUGAAAUAAAAAAUACUGAAACGUGGUUAUAUAAAUGUACAUUUUGGUCUUUUAUUUUAUUUGUUUUAAAGCAUUAAUGUGUCUGAAUCCACAAAAGAUCUCACUGCUGUGUUGUUUGCAGGUAUUUGAAGUUUGUAUAUUUAUUGCAAAGCAGCUUUAAGAAUUUUAAUUGGUGCCCUUUCUUUUGUUUGUUUUAUGAAAUCUUCACACUUAAAAAAAAACAAAAACAGUUUUGCACCCAUGCGUUUUUUUUUACUUAUAAAAUGUUUUCUGUUUUUUUUUCCGAGAUCACAAACUCUUCAGCAUCCGUUUCACUCGCCGUGCCUUAUAGCGCAUUUAUUAAUGCCUCACAAACACACAACAAAUGGGAAUCCCACGCCAAACAGAAGGUAUGCCAUUAAAAAAAAAAGGAAAUAAAAGUAUCCACUCACCGUCCACCUGCUCACCGAUAAUUACACGUGCCGAGGAUUUGACUGUGGAUCGGGAUGAGUUUUAUUUUCAGGCUAACACGCUUGCAGAGCUGCUCAGAGGCUUUUCCACCCGUAACCAGAGCAGCUACACAGGUCUGAGCAGAGCUUUGUGUAGUGCUCGUAAUCAUAGAGUCAGAAUGUAGUGGAGGGAAAAAAUAAAUAAAUAACAAAACACCUCAAGCUUUCGUCAUCCAUCGUUCCACCUGCAUGUGUAGACAACGUAGCUUGCCAGUGAAUGUUUGCGACGCCUUAAAGAAAAGGGUUUAGUUUUCUCGAUUGGACACUUUUGUUUUUCUCCAGACUGAGGCGCACCAGGACGAGUCUGCUCGCUUUCAUUCAGAUCUAAUGGGUACCUUCUAAAGUGCAAUUCUAAACUAAGUACAUAUCUUUCCAUAAACACUGUUCACUGCUGCUGCAUAGUGCUUGUUCUAAUAAAACUGCAAAACUCA